AUGCCAGGCCCACCAAAUCAUCUCCAAAGCCUCAAUACACCCCGGGGUCUUCGACAAACUUUCACUUCCACAUCAGAAAGCCAACGGGAAGUUCUGCACAGAACUAGGGAGAGAAUUGCCACUAGUCAAAACGAAGGCAGCUUCUCAAACAUCUGCGCCCUCCCACUCCGUCAACACAACACAACCCAAACUCGUAAUAAAGCACCAUCACACACCAUGGAUGAGUAUGAUGGGCUAGGUAUGGACAUAUCUAGUAAACGGGAUGAUGAGACUGAAGAAGAAUACUCGCGACGAGUUACGGAGGUUUUGCUUUCUGAAUGGACAGUCGGGGGAACAUCUGAAGAUGAAGAGCAUAGGGGGAGAGGCAGAAGUAGAGAGACUGGAAGAGAGGCAAGGAUUGACUCUCCAGGCCUACAACGGCAAGACGAGACACAAGAAGAGUAUGCCAAUCGCGUUAUUGGUAGUUUAUCAUCUGAGUUGAUGGGGUGGUUACCUCCUUCGCCACCAACACGAGAACCGAAACCAGAAGACGAUGCAAAACCUAGGUUCCUCUUCGAGUUAUUGCUCUACUCCCUCCUAUACUCAGGCUUCCCAAGAACUAGAGCAGUAUCCUCGCGGGAGAGUGGAACGCCCCCCAAAUUGCAAACCAGCCAACUUUUCACCAGUUCCCGGUCCCGGUCCCGUUGA